CUUAUUUUCACGUUUUCAAAAGAAACAAAAAAGAUUUUAAAUUUGUAACAAAGUCUAUUCACCCCUCCUCUAGACUUUGUAUCUCACCACUUUGGGACCACCAAUUGGUAUCAAAGCAAACUUCUCACUAUCUACGUUUAGAUUAACGAGAAGCGACCAUAAUGGUGAACAAUAUGGAUCAUGGUUUGCCCAAGUUUUCUCUUCUAGGUUAUGAUGAUUGGAAGAUCAUGAUGGAAGCACAUCUUUACGCUCUACAUGACUGCAUGUGGAUGGUGCUUGAGGAUGGACCCCUGAAAAUCCAAAUGGAGAAUCCUGAGAAGAAUCCAGAAACUCCAGAUGUAGUCCAGUACAUUCCAAAGCCCAAGGAAAAUGGGAUGAUAGAGAUUGCAAAAAGCACAAUCUGGACAACGUCGCCAAAGCAGCCAUCUUCAAGACACUUGAUCUCAUCACCUUCUCCAAAAUCAAGCAUCUCAAGACUGCCAUGGAGAUAUGGCAAGGUCUUGGGAAGCUGUGUGAGGGAUCAGAAGACCUGAGAAAGCAGAAGAUAGAAGUCCUGCUUGAGAAGUUCAAAAGCUUCAAAAUGCUUCCCGGAGAAUCGUUUGAUAUGUUGGAUGACAGAUUCCACAAAAUCCUGAACGAUCUUGCCUCACUUAACCACGUUCUUUCUCCCAAAGAAAAGAAUGUAAGGUUA